CAAGGCACAGACAGACUGAGGCUGACGAAGACAGAGUCAAUACAGAGCGGUGAUCUAAGGAGACCUUCAGGGACAGGGGGACCAGACAGAGAGGAGAGGAAGUGGAGUGUUUCAUCUCCAACACCCGGAGGAGUUCACCUGCAUCUUUGACAGUGCUGCUUGUGGUGUUGCCAUGGAAACCCGGACGGUUACGCAGCGGCAACGGGAGGAGGAGUCGUCCCGGAUGUCUCACGGCGUAGAGCUGUCCUCGCAGAUCAAGAAGAGGACCUUCACGUCCAGUGAUGAGGAAGCAGCCUUCUCUCUCCUCCAUCCCAUCAUCCCAGCGGAUGUGAUGUCCGUCAAGGAGACGCUCAACAUGGAAGGCUUCCCCCGGCACAGGACAUGGGAAAUCCUGAAGGAAACUCUGGCAGCUGAGGAGGGGGAGUAUCACAGAGAGAAGUGGACCCUGUUUGGGAACGAGGCUGAGAAGGUGGAGGUGGACGUGAUCAGGAACCAGCAUAUGUUACGCACACGCAUUGACAGAAAUGCUCUUCGUACACAGGCAAAAAAAAAGGCAUCUUCCCACAUGAAGUACCUGGAGCGUCUGAGUCACAAGGCUCCAGACUUCCCAAUCCCUCUCCGGCCUCACACCGUCUGGGAGGGCAUGACGGUCCAACUCUCCUGUACGCUCCGCGGCUCGCCUGCGCCGAAGGUCACAUGGUAUAAAGAUGGCGUGCCACUGACAAUCUCUGAGCAACCGUGGAAUUACAGCCUUCAGCAAAGAUUUGGUCUCAACUCUCUGGAGAUUAGAAGGUGCACGGCUGAUGACGCCGGCGAGUACAAAGUGGUGGCCAAGAGUUUCUUGGGUGAAGCUAUGACCUUUGCAGCACUCGUCGUCAACUCACGCCGAGGAGCCGUCGCCGGUUCAGGGCGCUCGCAGACCCGGGCCUCGCAGCUCGAACCGGAAGCCCAGUUCGGCGCCUCGUUCCCCGUGACGUGGGUGCAGGAGGGCGAGCGCCUCCGCCUGCGGUGCGCGCUCACCCGCGGCCCGCUGCCGUGGCAGCGGCGCGUCACCUGGUUCCGAGACGGCGUGCAGCUGCAUCAGUCGGACAACGUGGACGUGACGGAGGGCGACGGCGUGGCCUGCGUCAAGCUGAAAGCGGCGCACAAGGAGCACGAAGGCGUCUACGCCGCGAGACUGCGGACGCGCGCCGGAGUCCAGGAGCGCGCGGCGUUUGUGUACGUCCAAGACGCCUCCGCUGCCGUCCUAGGAGGUCCUGCGUCGCCUCUCGCCGUCCAGGUGUCUGACGUCAACAGGGACUUCGUCUUCCUCACCUGGCAGCCGCCCAGUGCUGACGGGGCCUCGCCUGUGCAGGGCUAUUAUGUGGAGAGAUGUGUCGCUGGUCAGAGCGAGUGGGUUCGCUGCAACACGCGCGUUCAGAGGACGUGCCACUACCCUGUGUUCGGGCUGCAGGAAGGAGCUCUGUACCAGUUCAGAGUCCGCGCUGUGAACCAGGCCGGGGCUGGACGCCCCUCCAUGGCCACGGAGCCCGUCCUCACCGCAGACCCCCUGGAGCACACCCGGACCACGGUGGUCAGAGUUGACGCAGGAUGGACGAUCGCCAUCACCAAAGACGAACUGGAGGGUCAGGUCAGGGCGCCUCUGCCGCCCACGGACGUCCACGCCUGCGAGGUGAGCGACACCUACGUGGUGCUGAGCUGGGCCGAGCCGGAACCCAGAGGCCGGGAGCCGCUCCACUUCUACGUCGAGCGGUCGCCUGCAGGGAGGAGCAGCUGGGAGCUGGCCAGUCUGGAUGCGCUGGUGAACUCUCCCCGGUUCCCCGUGUUCGACCUGCUCAAGGGCAAGCAGUACCGCUUCAGAGUGCGCUCCGCCAACAAGCACGGCGUCAGCGACCCGUCAGAGCCGAGCCGGCCCGUUUCCCUGCGAGAGCCACAGGAGGUGCCGCCCCCCCCCCACUCCGUCACGGCCGUCAGAGACACCGACACCUCGGUGCUGCUGCAGUGGCAGGAGCCGGCGGAGAAAGGCCACGUCCUGGGAUAUUACCUUUAUUACAGUGAAACCGGCAAACAGGACUGGAAGACUGUCAACAACAAGCCUUUUACCAGAACCAGCUUUACUGUUCACGGCCUCGAGACUCGAAGGGAAUACGUGUUUCGGGUCAAGUCUGUGGGACGAGCAGGAAACAGCAGCUAUUCGGAAGAGUCUCCACCCAUUAUCGUCAAAUCUGCUAUUCACGUUCCCUCAGCGCCAUCUGCCAUCGCCUUGCUGCUGUGCACCGGGUCCGAGAUGGUGCUGGGCUGGAGGGCACCUGCAUGGAAUGGGGGAAGCCCUGUACGUGGCUACUACCUGGACCAGAGGGAAAAGGGCGCGGACGUUUGGAGAGAGGUCAACGUCAAGCCUGUCAAAGAAAGACGGCUUCAGGUGUCCUCUCUGUCCAACGGACUCGUCUACCAGUUCCGUGCGUUCGCUGCCAACGUGGUCGGCGUCGGGAAGCCGUCGGAGGCCAGCGACGCUUUUCUGUGCGAGGAGUGGACGAUGCCAGAACCAGGCUGCCCCUACGACCUGGAGCCGAGGGAGGUGAGGGACGGCUCCCUGGUGCUGCUCUGGGCCCCUCCUUUAUAUGAAGGCCGCAGCCCCGUCACUGGCUACUUCCUGGAGAUCAGCCGGGGCCAUGAGUCAGACGACUGGACCGCUCUGAAUGGCAAACCGGUGUCUGACACACGCUACGAGGUGUCAGGUCUUCAGACAGGUGAGAUUUACCGAUUCCGUGUAUCAGCUGUCAAUCAGGCUGGAGUGGGCCGCGCCUCCCUGCCCUCUGAGCCAGUCACAGCUCAGAGCAAACCAGGCACCAAAUCCAUUGAGAUUGGUGUGGAUGAAGAUGGCUUCAUAUUUUUGGGCUACGAGAACGAGGAGGUGAGCGACGAGAGCAAGUUCCUCUGGAGCAAAGACUCGGCCGAGCCCGUCGACGCCGGCAGAGCCCGACAGGAAACCACCCAGAACCGGUCAGUGCUCACCUUCACCGAUGCCUCCGAGGAGGAUCUGGGUCGCUACACGGUGGAGAUGAGCGACGACCCCCGCCUGUCAUCCAGCUACGACUUCACAGCCGAAGACCUAGAACGACUUAAAGAACUCAGCUGGCAAGUCAGAAACCCGGUGAUAGCUCUGAAGUCGGGCUGGCAGGUGGAGGUUUCUGGGACGGGUGCCGUGCGUCUGUGGCUCCAGACAGAGAGUCUGAGUGAUUCUGCUGAGCUUCGUCUCGUCUUCAACGACCGGGAAAUCUCCAGCACUGCGCACCGUAAGAUCAGCUUGGACAGGGCCAGAGGUCUGGUGGAGAUGCUGAUCGACCCGCUCUCUGAGGAGGACGAGGGCUCGUACACGGCUCAGCUGCGGGACGGCCGCGCCAAGAACCAGGCCACGCUGGUGUUCGUGGACCAGAAGUUCCGCGAGGCGCUGGCGUUGGCCGACGCCAGGCGACGUGACCGCCAGAGAAAAUCCGGACCCUAUUUCCAGGAGUUCUUGACGUGGAGUGUAAAUCAGGAGUGUGAACUGGUUAUAAAGUGCAAGGUGACAAAUACGAACGAGGACACGUCUCUGAAGUGGCACAAAGACGGCGUGGAGGUGACUCAGGUUGUGUAUGAGCAGUCCUCCGGGCUCAGCACGCUCACCAUCCCUCAGCUCACGAAGAAAGAGACAGGCUCCUACAGAGCUGUGGUGUCGGAUAAGAGAGGAGUGGAUGUCAGCACCUUGGAGCUACAGGGUGAUGUGUAUGACAAGCUUCUCCGGCAACUGAGUAAACAGUGCGCAUUGUCAGCCGGCCCACUGAGCAUUCAGAGCACCGCUGCGGGUUUCAAGCUCUACUGCUCUCUCAAAUACUAUAUAAGCUACCUGAAGACGAGCUGGUACUUCAAGGAGAGGAGGAUGGACCAGGAGGCCAGAGCCAAACCGGGCAGCAGCAUGCAGAGCGUCUGGAUCGAAGUGUUCAACCCGACAGACAGCGAUAGAGGCAAAUACACCUUGGAGAUGUUCGAUGGUACAGAGACACACAAGCGGCACCUGGACCUGUCCGGACAAGCCUUUGACGACGCCAUGCAGGAACACCAGAGGUUGAAACAAGCAGCCGCUGCAGAGAAAAAUCGAGCUAAGGUGACAAAAGGGCUUCCUGAUGUGGUCGCCAUCAUGGAGGGGAAGACUCUGUGUCUGACGUGCUUCAUCGAUGGUCAACCGGCUCCAGAGAUCUUUUGGCUUCGCAACGACAGGGAGAUUGUUGGCCAGGCCCAGUUUACCAUAACUAAGGAGCCUCAGUGCAGCACCAUCACGGUCCACGACGUCAACAUGGAGGACUCGGGAAAAUACAGCAUCAUUGUACGAAAUCCGUAUGGUUCUGAUUCAGAGGAUGUGACCGUGAGUGUGUACAAGCACGGGGAGAAGCCUCCAGCGCACGCUGUGGAGAUGGGCUGAGCCAAACUGUUUGGUCUGUUCUGUAGAUUCAAGUCCACAGGUAGAUAGAUGGAUGUGGGAUGUAGGAAUUUGGUGGCGAACUACACGUUGUGCAUGUGGAAAAGGUGUCACUGAAGAUUAAGGAAGAAAGAGGGAUUCUCCACAGUUCGUAACAUGUCCUCGAAGUGAAAGUGACAUUCUAAAUUGUGAAUGACAUUAAAAUAUUCAUAGUCGGUUUUCUCGUGUGACAGAAAUAUAGAAGUGCAAAUUUUGCAAGACCCGGUUCAGUGGUUACAAAACACAGAACUGCUUCAUUUAAGACACUGUGUGAAUGUGGUGCUUCAGUGUUGUGUAACUUUCUGUUACACAGCAUAUCGUAACCUAAUGCACUAAUCUCACAACGCUGUUAAAAUGGAUUAUGCACAUUUUCCUGCUAUUUACCUGUGUGCAUCCUUUUGUGUGCAUUUAUCAAUAAAGCAGUUAGAAAGCA